AUGGGGUUUUUACCUAGCUUCAAUUUUGGGUUCAACAACGAUGGAUUGAAAGCUGGGGUGAAAGUUGAUGAUUCCAAGUCAGGUUUCAAUGGCUUCAAUUUUGGGUUCAGCAACGAUGGAUGGAAGGCUGCGUUAAACAGUAAUAAUACUAAUUCUGGGAACGGAUCCGUGGGGUUGAACCGUGGCUUCAACAAAGGAAUCUACUCGACGCCUUCGCUGAAUUUUAACAGUUACAGUAAGGGUAAGAAUCUUAACAAUGUUCUGGCGAACGGGAGGGUAGAUAAAAGUAGUAAAAAUGAAGACGAACAUGGCUAUGGAGGGAAUAAAAGUGGAAAGAAGAAUAAGAAUAAUACGGAGAGCAACAAUAACAAUAACGGUGCGAAGCGUGCUUCUGAUAAGAGGUUCAAGACUUUGCCGCCCUCAGAAUCUCUGCCUAGAAAUGAAACAGUUGGCGGGUAUAUCUUCGUGUGCAACAAUGAUACGAUGCAAGAGAAUCUCAAGAGACAGCUCUUUGGCUUGCCUCCCCGUUAUCGAGAUUCAGUCCGAGCAAUUACUCCAGGAUUACCUCUCUUUCUCUACAACUACUCAACUCACCAACUUCAUGGAGUUUUUGAGGCUGCGGGUUUUGGUGGCACAAAUAUUGACCCAACAGCUUGGGAAGACAAGAAAUACUCUGGUGAAUCACGCUUCCCUGCUCAGGUGCGUGUGAUUACAAGAAAAGUCUGCGAGCCUUUGGAAGAAGACUCUUUUAGGCCAAUUCUUCACCACUAUGAUGGUCCUAAGUUUCGCCUCGAAUUAAAUGUUCCCGAGGCGAUCUCGCUUUUGGAUAUUUUUGUAGAAGACAAACCAUUGAGCGUUUGA